CCUCAGUUUUUUCCAUUGGCUAAGAACCAAGACAAGCAGUGAAAAGUUCUAGCAUUAAGAAACUGAGCCACGCUUUAGGGUUCUGUGAGAGGGAGGCCUAGGAGUUUGCUUGAGAUUGAAAAUCUCACUUUUUGCUAUAGAAUUGUCUUUCAACUGUAAAAUAUAACCCCACUAUUUCCCUUGCUUUCCAUCUCACCCUUGUUUUGAGAAACUAGGUAGGAAGAAGAAAGCAAUACACCUUUUUGAGACUAUUUUGCACCAGUGCUUCCUAGAGCCAAUGCCAAGCUAGACAUCUUGGUGCUCACUCAGGCGGAAAGGCGGGCUGGGACCUGGUCAUAGUCCCAUUAAAGAGCUGCAUGUCGAGUCCGGUUAAUUAGGGUCAAGCUACCUUUUAUGCAGUUUUUUUCCAACUCCUGUGCGUUUAGUAGUCAUGAUUAAAUGAUUCAGCCCUGUCACUGCUGCCACAAUAAAGUGGUAGCCCCCCACCGUCCGCCCACAAAGUGGCAAAGAAUAAUUAUCAAGAAAUCCCCAAGGGGGCGAUGGAGCGCUAUGAAGAAGCGGCGGAUCUGCAGGAUCGCGCUGUCCCUCCAUCUCGUGGAAAAACUCCGGCGGCCAACCUGAAACACCCGGUAAAGGAAGCCGAAAAUUUCUCUAUCCCUUCGAGACCCAAGAUGGCCCGUGGCUCCUAGCUCAAGGUCUGGGUGUUGGGCCCGCACAUCCGACAUUAGGUCACUAAAUUUGGAUCAUCAUUUAAAGACUUGAAGUGAUCUUUUGAUGCUUCACUUUGCUCGUAACACAUCAUUAGCCUCUCCAUCUUUUUAAAAUCUGAACUUAAAACACAAGAGGGAGAGCAAGAAUGCAAGAGAGAGCAUGAGCGGGGGGAGAGACAGAGGGAGAGGGAGAAAGAUUUUCAAGUAGACUCCGCUCUGAGCAUGCAGCUUGACUCAGGGCUCUAUCCAAUGACCAAAAUCAAGAGUUGGACGCUUAACCAACUGAGCUACCCCAGUGCCCUUUGGCUUGUUCCAGUUUGGAGCUAAUGUAGAUAAAGCUGCUGUAACAUUCACGUACAAGUCUGUGUGUGGGUGUAUGCUUGCAUUUCUCUCAGGGUGACUGGGAAUGUAAACAAAAAUAAGCUAUUUGUUUCCUGAUGGCUUUUAGUAUAUACUGACGGAUUGUCUGGGAUGGCAUCUGAGGCUGAGAAGACCCAUGCUUUACUCCAGUCUUGUAGCACUGAGUCUCUUAUUUCCAGCCUUGGUCUGGGGAUAUUUUGCCUAGUAGCCGAUAGACUUCUUCAGUUUUCGAUAAUUCAGCAAAAUGACUGGCUUCGAGCCCUCUCAGAUAACGCCGUACAUUGUGUGAUUGGCAUGUGGUUGUGGGCAAUUGUCAUUGGAGUCAAGAAGACAACUGACUUUGGAGAAAUCAUUUUAGCUGGAUUUUUAGCCUCUGUUAUUGAUGUAGACCACUUUUUUCUAGCUGGAUCUUUAUCUUUAAAGGCUGCUUUGACUCUUCCACGAAGACCUUUUCUUCACUGCUCUACUGUCAUACCAGUUGUGGUUCUGACCCUGAGGUUUACUAUGCACCUUUUCAAGCUCAAAGACUCAUGGUGCUUUCUUCCCUGGAUGUUAUUUAUAUCGUGGACCUCACAUCAUAUCCGAGAUGGAAUUCGUCACGGCCUGUGGAUAUGCCCAUUUGGAAAAACCUCUCCUUUGCCAUUCUGGCUUUAUGUCAUUAUCACCUCCUCUUUACCUCACAUCUGUUCGUUCGUUAUGUAUUUCACAGGGACCAGGCAAAUGAUGUCUUCAAAACAUGGGAUCCAUAUUGACGUCUGAGGUAACCGUAUGCCAGUCUUAGAGAAGCAGGUGGUUCCGAUAAUGAUAAUUAAGGGUGGCCGACAUUAUCAAGUGAAUUUUUAACAACAUAUUAAAUUUAUUAUUAUAGUUCCUGAAUCCUCUUGUUCAGGAGGCACGUACACUUUUUUUUUUUUAGGGCGCCUGGGUGGUUCAGUUAAGCGUCUGCCUUUGGCUCAGGUCGUGAUCCCAGGGUCCUGGGAUCGAGCCCCGCAUCGGGCUCCAUGCUCGGAGGG